AAGAGACAAACACCAUGUAUACUUGCACGCAAUCGAAUGUCUCGAUUUUUGCCUCCAGCUAGUUACAAUGCCCUCUAGCUACAACAGUGCUAAUAGUACACAAAACGAUGGUCAUACCCUCGUAGUACAACCUGGAUACUCGACAUCGACAUUAGUGCCGGUGGCUGGAGCAGGCCAUAAUGGCUGAGCGCUCCUGCACAAUACGCCAAAGCAAACACUUAGACCGUGUGGACACGCCGUACAAUAGACUAUUUUUGCGCUUUGGACCACGACCGAAGCCACUUCCCUCACGAUCGGCCCAAGCACUCGCGUCCACCGUCCGGAGAUGGUCCCGCCGCUCUCGCGAAUCUCCGACUCAGACAAAACAAUGACUCGUCGGGCGCGGAAAGGGACUCAACCUGGAAUGAGAAACGCGAUCGAAGCGACGCCAGAUAUGCUUGGACGUUCCAUAAAAAGACGUUGCGGGUGGCCCUCCUGUUGCCCUGGCGUACGUCCACCGUCCACAGUUUCCAAGAAUGGCUUCGUCCACCGCUUAUUCGAGUGUUUUCCACCACGUCCACAGGGUGGGAUGUUGCGGUGUGGUGUGGCAGAAAGAGGGGAGAGGGGUAUAUAAGGAGGGUGGGGGAGGACGGAGGGAAGUAAAUUCACAUAAGGUAGAGAAGAGGUGCUAGUCAUCUCUGAGAAUACCGAUCCCGAGUUUGGCUAUCCUAUCAUCAACUGCCACAACUUCCAACCAAAAAUCCACAAAACCACAAAAACUUGAAUCACGCACACAGUUAUAGACAUGAACGCAGUACACGACACAGCGGAUCUAGCUAGUCCGAACCCAACCUGGGAACUCGACGUUCUCGGCUCUCUCGGGCAUGACUAUUCGAUGAUGGCUGAGAUCGAAGCUGGGGAAGACGUGUGGCAUGGCGCAGAGGGAGAAGGCUUAAGGCUUGCGCGCCCAUCGACGACCAACGUCCUCCCUCGUGACGUACGCUCUGCCAUGCGUCGCUCGGAUAUGAAAGCAAGCAGACUGCUCGGAGUCACCGUCACCAGAGACGAUGGCGCCCUCUUCGCCACCAACAACAACGCAAAUGCGCGUCAUUCGGAUGAGAACAUCGUUCCUCAUUGCGCCCUUGGCAUGAGGUCGUCGAAUUCAAAAGCCAAAUCGAAAUCAAAAACACACGCAAAGAGCUCCUCGCUGUCGACGCUCGUGGGCGUGCUGAAGAAUAUGAAUAUGCAUAUGCGCAUUGGGAAAGAGGUAGUGGGAGUUGGCAAGGCGAAGAAACGGUUCGGGAAGAAGGAGGGGCCGAGGAGAGUAGUGCUUGCUCCACUGGGACCGAAUGUGAGUUCAUCCAUCGAGGAAGCAAGGGAUAGGAAUGGAAGGCUCGAAGUUAGUGAUGGUGAUAGCUGCUCUUACAGCGCAUACCAGCAGCUCGACGACGGGAGCAGGAGCAGUGCCUGCGAUAGCGUUAUCGGUACCACCAGCGAAUCUGAAACACUAGGGCGAGGAAACGAAGCGAGAGAGGAUGAAAUAGCGGCGGAAGCAAGGCCAUUCAAGUGGGACGUCGAAAACCCGUUCGCAACGCCUACAAGCUCGCCGGUUCGGGUAAUCAUGUUUGAGAACAUCUCGCCGCUGGAUAUAUCUCAAAAGAGCGAUGAAAACGCGAACGGGGAUGAUGGAGUGAAGGAGGAGGUAGAGGGUGCCCACGAAUUUCACGUGGAUAUGGACUUGGAAUUGGAUAACCGUAGACGGGAGAGGCGAACGAGGAAUAUGACGCGCCGGACGAGGAUGAAGACAAUGCAGAUUCUGGGUGCAGAGGCAUUGGAUGCAAUUUUGAGCUUGGAGGAGGAAGCCUGAGGGCAUGUGAUGGAAACUUGGACCUGAGAUGGAGAAAAUUGGCAUGGAGGGCCUCGAAGCCAGAAGAUGAUAUUGUUGGAUGAUUAUGACACUAUGGACUUGUGACGACUUGUAUGACUGUAACAACUCAUGAAAAUGACGGACAUGCUAUGAAAGAAAUCGGUCAUGAGU